AUGGUAAAUUCCAAGAUGGCGGCCUCCUUGUGGAAGCGCUGUGUGACUGCAUCUGUCAAAGUUAAAUGUCUUUCUCCAUCUCUUUCAGUCAAACGAUGGCUGCUCUCAGCAGCUUACACGGACACUCAGUUGUGGGAGGCGAGAGUCAAGGAUCCCCAGAACCUGGCUGUACUUGCCAACACUAUGGACAGGACCUAUGACAGGAAUCUGCCAGUUAGUUCUCUGACUAUAUCGCGGUUUGUCGACAACAUAUCAUCUAGAGAGGAAGUCGAUCAGGCAGAGUACUACCUUUACAAAUUUCGUCACAGUCCAAACUGCUGGUACUUACGAGACUGGACCGUUCACGGAUGGAUCCGACAGUGUCUAAAAUACGGAGCCAGAGAUAAGGCUCUGCACACUGUUAAAAACAAGGUCCAGUAUGGAAUAUAUCCUGACGACUUCACUUUCAACCUGCUCCUAGACUCUUACAUCAAGGAUGAAGACUUCAAAAGUGCUUGCUCGCUGGUUGAAGAGGUGAUGCUUCAAGAGGCCUUCGACCUCCCCUCCACACAGAUCCUGUCUCUGUACGCGCUGGGCUGUUACCUAGCAACCAGACCACAACUCACUUUGUCGGAGGAGCGAUCUUUGGGGGCCUCGCUGCUCAUUUCCGGCAUCAGUCAAGGCACCACCAUCGGAGUCAGCGCUCAGUUACUUGGCAAUGCUCUUCUAGGAAAGGUGGAGUUUGCAAAGGGCAUACAUGUCGUGUUCAAAGGAAUGCCGCUCAGCUGGGAGCAGGGAUAUCUGGAGCGAGCGCUGGCUGUCAUGGAAAGAGUGGCGGCUGCCUCUGGUGACGUCAAGCUGUCCAAAGACUCACUGGUCUAUGUGAAUCAGCUGCUGGAGGAGCUGUCCUCGGCCUCAGACACAGAGUCUUCCGGAGAGGAGUCCGGAGGUGAAGAAGAGAAGAAAAACCAAGCUGUGGACGAGCACGAUCAGGCUGAGAGAGCUAAGCUCCCUCACUACGUCAGCAGAUUCAAGGAAUUGCGCAGCCAGCUGGAGGAUCAGAAUAAAGUGGAGCCGGCCUCCCUCCAGGCCCUGGCGACGGCUCUGGCCCAGCAGAGCCUGGCAGCUGCAGAGAAGUCGGACCUGGAGCAAUACGAGGUCCGGGUGCAGGCCUGGGAGGCUGAGAAGAAGAUGCUCGCACAGAGAGAGAAGGAGAUGAAGGUGAAGGCCGAGCAGGAGAAGCAGGAGAGGCAGGCGCAGUUAGCAGCUCAGGCAGCAGCGGCGGCGCAAUAAAUACAAAGACUGUAACAUCUGAACCGCGGUACGGAUUAAAGCCGACGUGUCGGUGUUAUCUCCGCUCAUGCCACCAGUUGCUUUUGUAUAUAUCAUCUAUUGUGUGUCUGUAAUAAACCUCCCUCUGUUUUCAGAGAAUAGGGCCGAUAAACUGUCGGAAUAAAAUGUAUUUCCAUUCAUA